GGAGGUGAGCAGCGUAGAGAGCUGGGUAUCAUUGAAGAGCCCCUCCCUGAGGUAACUGUGGACAAGAGUCAAGACAGUGGAUCUGAGUCUCAGCUCAACACAGUUUCCAGCCUAAAAGAGGCGCUGGAACGCUUUGACCGUAGCCACACCCCCUCCUCCACCUCUCUGUCCUCACACAAGACCUCCUCACAGCUCUCAGACAACACCUGUACCUCAACAGCCUCCAAGCUCCACAUGGACAUGGCCACGCCCCCUCGUCAGUCACAUGUUGCCACCACCAUCGAGAUGACAUCACAGAGACGCUCCUCCAUCAGCAGCCAGUCUAUGAGUUCUCAGACCACGGGACACAGUGUGGCUCCCGUCCAUCCUGUGAUACAACACCACCAACAACAAGAGCCGGUGCUAGAGUUCUCAGCCCAGGUGAAUGCUAUGCAGCACCUAAAGGACCAGCUGGAGCAGAGGACCAGGAUGAUUCAGGCCAACAUCCAGAGACAGCAGGAUGAACUCCGAGCCAUACAGGACCAACUACACAGAGUACAGCCCCCAGCCAUACAGGACCAACUACACAGAGUACAGCCCCCAGCCAUACAGGACCAACUACACAGAGUACAGACCCCAGCCAUACAGGACCAACUACACAGAGUACAGCCCCCAGCCAUACAGGACCAACUACACAGAGUACAGCCCCCAUCCAUACAGAUGUUCGUGCAGCAGCCUGGCGGAGCUUUGAAUGUCCAGCUGCCUCAGGUGGGGGUGGUGCCACAGGGAGCAGUUCUGACCAAUCAGGUGCAGCAGACUGUCCUAAACCCCGCCCACACAGGAAGUCAGCUCACCAUUCCGCAGCAGCAGUCACCUCCUCCUCAACAGAACCUUCAACUACAGCAAAACAACUCUCUCGCUCAGGUAUUCAGCCAAGCAGUGGUCCAGCAGCAGCGUCAACAACAACAACAGCAGCAACAGCAGCAACCUGUCUAUAACAUGAUCAUGUCUCAGCCCGGCCAGCCCAACCUACUACAGAUCAGUACCAGUCUACCACAGAACAACACACAACAGGCUGUAGCCACCUUCACACAAGACAACACUCAGAUACAGUUUCCGGCGGGCCAGCAGCUGGUGACUAAGUUAGUGACAGCUCCCAUGGCAUGUGGAGCGGUCAUGGUCCCGACCUCUGUGUUUAUGGGACAACCGGUCAUCGCUUACAACCCCUUCGGAGGGCAGCAGGGCGGUCAGACUCUGACCCUCCAGGCAGCCCAGUCCCAACAGAACCAGCCUGACAGCCAGACACAGACGGCUGUAGUGGCACAUAGUAACCAACAGGGGCGCAGCAGCAGUUCGUACAGACAACCAGACUGCACAGUAGCAGCAGCAGUUCCUACAUGUAACCAGCAGAGGAAUAAGAAUACCAUUCUAAUCCAUUGUCUUACUUCCCGUAACCAGGGCACCCGUCUUCUCCAUGGCAACCAGCAGCUGAUCCUCCAGGCAGCAUUCCCCAUGCAACAACAGCAACAGGCCUUCACCCAGGUAACACAACAACAACAGUCUCACAACCAGAGGCAUCAGCUGCAGCUGAAACCACAGCCGCAGAAACAACCCAAAGGCCCGCCUUCGCACCGGACUGACAGCUCUAGCAGCCAAGCACAGUAGGCCAGGCGUCCAAUCAGACUCUAUGACCUGAAGGCUGAACCAAUCAGAGGUGUGGAGGGGUGUCCUGGAUUGUGUUGUGUGUUUUUCUAAUGGAACUAGUGUUGGAGUCACCCAACCCCCUCCCCUCCUAUCGCCCCUACCAAUAUAGCUGCUGUGUUGACCCCCUCUAUCUUCCGCCAUAACAAACUGAAUUAUGGGUAACGGUGAGGGUGGCCAGCCCUUCCUCCUAGAAAGCUACUAACUGUGCAGGGUUUGGCUCCGGCUCUGCUCUAACACACCUAUUCAGUUGCUCACCAGGACCUUGAUGUUCACCUAGACUGAGUCCAAAAUGGCACCCUCUUCCCUAUGGGCCUGGUCAACAGUAGUCCCCUAUGUGGACAAUCUGGUGUCAUUUCAGACAACCAGACUGGUGUGUUGGUUAGCGCAGGGCCGGAACUAAAGCCUGCAGUCAGGAGAUCUUCAAGAGGAGGUUUGGCCUACCUGGAUUUCACCUUCCCUAAGGAACUCAUCACCGUGGUGACAAUAGUACGGACCGGAACCAUCGGAACCCUGUAUCCCGUAGCAACCAGGAGGAGAGUUGUUUGUUCGUGCGUUGGAGGAGAGACAAACUCGGUGUCCGUGGAAACCCAGUAGAACUCUGCGUUGCCACGGUAACGAGAGACUCCAAAAGGAACGUUGUGGUGAUGGACUGACUCUAUGGGUCUGUACAGUACAGACGUGUGUAACAUUAAACUAAAUGUAAAUAUCCAUUAUAGCUACAAAGAAAAAAACUAAAAUGACUAUUUUAUAUGAUUGCAUGGGUAAAUAACUGUACGUUUUUAUGAGUAACUUUUGACAAAAUGACUUUAUUCAGUGUUUUCCUGGUCAUUUCCUGGUCAGAUAUGAGGUGACAGACGUUCAGUUAGUAUGAGCCUCUCUCUUCCACCUAAAGGUCUUCGGCUCUGUUCCAACACUUUAGAAAAUGCAUCCAUCCUUCCAUCUUUCCUCCCUUCCUGCGUUGAGGUUAUCAAAGUCAUUCAGUUCAGGGUGUAUUUUAUUUGUGUUGGAACAUGGCCCCCGGAGGGAGAGAUGUUGUGUCACUGUUCGUUUAAUGGACGGGCUUGGGUUCUAGUGGGAUGCUGGGAAAUGUAGUUUUUGAACAACAUUUUAUUUUUUAGGCUCAACAUUUUUGAAACGUUUUAUCAGAACAACAACCACGUCUGAUCCAAUCAAAUCAUGACGACCUAACAGACCUACGGGUAAAUACAGUCUAAACCAGA